GACGCAGAAGAAGAGGUCACUCCACACUGUGCCUUCUGGGAUUUUGAGUCGAAGUACGUUUAAAAACAAACCUUGUUUCUUGUCGUUGACCCCAUCUCCUUAUCGCAUAAAACCACCCUCAUAGUACAACCAUAUAGCCUCAGACCACUAAGAUAUUCUAAUAGUACACCUAUGUUUUUAACCUUUUUGUUGCUGCACCCGAAGAAAAGAAACGUUCUGAUUAGUACUAUAUGUAUUCUAAAUAAGUCUUUCUCUAUUUUCUCUCAAUUAUUGUAGAUCCGACGCAAAUGGGUAUUGGUCUAAGAGAGGAUGCUCGUUGGUCAAAAGAGUCGACAAUGAAAUAACGUGUUCUUGUAAUCACCUUACAAACUUUGCUGUUCUUAUGCAAAUUGGAAGCAAGGAGGUUAGUGAUCGAAUAGGCCACCAGAUGACUUUGGCUUUUCAUUUGUCUUUGGAUCUGAAUGACAGGACGCAAGCAAGUUCGUAAAUUGAGCUACGAGGCCAGUACUCUGUAAAUGAUUUGAUGCCUUGGAAUCGAUCGCGUACUGAAGCAACUUGUAAUGGACGUGCAGUUAUAAAAUCUAAGAAUGAUUAAUUGUUCGACGUCAUUGCAAGAGUGAUGCGUUUGUCGAAAACAAUUUUUACUAACACCUGAGAAACUGUUGACGGCUCCAGUGAGACGUUUUUCCACCCAGAAAAAAAAAAAAUCAUAUGAGACCAAUUCCGAUAUAUUAAAAUUCAUACUUGGAUCCGAGGCUUAGGGGAAUGAAUUAAGACAAAUCAUCUUUAGGCUCAGCAAUGAACAAUUCAUUCAUUUUACGUUCAUUCCCUCAAGUGACGUGGGCAAGUAUAUAUGAAUUUUAAUACAUUGAAAUUGGUCUAUCGGCCAGAUGAACUUAAGUUAUUUAAACAAAGCAAGUUCGUACGUACUUACCGUGAUUAAAAUGUUACGCAAUAAUAAUAAUAAUAAUAAUUAUUAUUAUUAUUAUCAUUAAAUUAUUCUUAAAACUAGAGUAGAAUUGAGUAACAUGUAGUUUUAUUUAUUAAAGAAAUAAGAAAAUUUAGAAAACUUACUUGAGCAAAUCAAGUAUUACGUUUUCGCCACAUCACAUGAUGUAUUUCAUUUUCUUCAUUUUCAAAGGUUCCUUCAGGCCAUAAAGAUGCUUUGGAAGUAAUCACUUACGUUGGCUGUGCCUUGUCGCUAGUAGGAGAAGCACUUGCAAUUGUUGCGUACUGGAUUCUCAUGUGAGUUCUUUUUUCUAUGCCUAUGCACAAUAUGACAGGCUGUAUAAUCUCUUGGAAAUGAGUCAUUUAAAAAUGGCCAUGCUAUCUUUACCUUGCCUUGUUAUUUUGUUAGGAAUUUAAAAGAGGAGCAGAUUCAAAUUCGCUUCAACCUCGUCGUUGCCAUAGCAAUCGCCCAAAUCACCUUCCUUGCAGGAAUUGAAGCAUCAGCUUUAGAGGUACCUGUUCAGCCUUGGUGGGUCGUUUCAUGUUGGCUAUAGGAGAGUUUUGAGUCCAACUUUCUGCUACAGUAAUAAAUUCCACUUUAUUUACAUAAAUACAGUAUCACAAAGAUAUUCUAGUUGGGACAGAAGUUAGAAUCCUGUUACUAUUAUAACCAAUUUGAAUAUUUGCCAAAUUUAAGCCCAGUGGUGAGGAAAAAACAAAGAAAUUGCGACGUCGCACUCUUCCAUGAAAUUUGCCAUAAUUUGAGCCAUGACAGUGUUUAAAAUUCUUUCAAAAGGAAAUCGUUAUGCCUUUUUUUUUCUGUUGAAUUUCCACAGGGACUGUGUAUCUUUGUGGCGGGUCUGAUUCAUUACUUCUACCUGGUGGCAUUCGCCUGGAUGUUGUUUGAGGGUGUUUACCUGUAUCUGAUGGUGGUAAAAGUAUUUAAUACAGAGAUCAAAAUGCGCCUUUUCUAUGCAGUGGCCUGGGGUAAGUACCAAACUGAUCUGAACUGAAUGAAGUAUUGUUAUGGAAGCAUCGAAAAUAGAAACAAUAGGCAGGUGAUGAGUUACGUCACUCGAGUGUCAGCCAUUGAAGACAGAAUAUUGUGGAAUUUAGCAUUCCUUCUCUUUCUGUUUGUUCAUAGACUGAAUUAAAAAUCGUUUCUUUUUAAAACGUGUGACAUGAUGUGAAGUAAUUUUGGUUCAAUAAACGCUUAACUUCUUAAUAUAUAUCUAGCCGGAUUUUUGAAAACGUUAUCGCCAAAUAGACCUCUUCCGUCCAACAGUUUUUUUUUUUUCGGCCAAAAAAAGUAGCCAUUAUAAAAACUAAGAGUGAAACCAUUGUUUUUUUCUCUUGUCCUCCUUUCUUCCUCCUCGCUCUUACUUUUUCUCUUUUCCUUUUCCUUUGUUGGUGUGAUUUUGGAGCUUAUCGGCCUUAAAAAACCUGCCUUUUGACGGCUUUUCACUCAAAUGACAUCAGAUUUCGUUAGGUUGGUUUUAAAAAAAUCGGCUAUAUAUAUAUAUAUAUAUAUAUAUAUAUAUAUAUAUAUAUAUAUGCGCCUUUUCUAUGCAGUGGCCUGGGAUAAGUACCAAACGGAUCUGAACUGAAUGAAGUAUUGUUAUGGAAGCAUCGAAAAUAGAAACAAUAGGCAGGUGAUGAGUUACGUUACUCGAGUGUCAGCCAUUGAAGACAGAAUAUUGUGGAAUUUAGCAUUCCUUCUCUUUCUGUUUGUUCUUGUUUCAAACAAAAUGCGGUAUUUUUUUUAAUCUGAUUUUGCCAUACGUGCAAGUUGUAAUAUGCUGCUUGAAAUACUGAUAUCUCAUGGCCUGAGCGCGGAAAACAGCCGACAUUUCGCGACGCCAUCCGACUGGUUUCCACGCGAAAUGACAUCCAAGCAACGAGCGCAGAACUCCAUACUGCUGACACGUCACUACAGAGAUCUGGAUAGUGCUUCUGAUUGGUUGAAAAUUUACUUUAUCCAAUCAUACGCACUACCCAGAUCUUGGUAGUGACCUGUCAUCAGUAUGGAAUUUCUACGCUCUUUGCUCAGACGUCAUUUCGCGUGGAAACCAGUCGGAUGGCGUCGCGAAAUGUCUGCUGUUCUCUGAGGCUUAUUAUCUCAUCAUACCGAGAGGAAAGAGAAAUUUUGUCAAGUUCCCCGCCCAAAAACAAUUAGGGAUACGUGUUAGGGUACAGUUAGAAAACUGUGAGUAUUUAUGGAAAUUUUCUAGGUACGCCUUUUCCUUUUGCUAUUAUAUAAAAAUUCUUCAAAAGAAACUGGAACCAAUUUUCAGCCGGUCUUAGAGUGUAUAAUACUUCGUCAUUUCUGUCAUAUUUCAGGCCUUCCUCUUUUGAUUGUGUUGCUAUCGAUGCUGAUUGCCUCUACUCAAGAUGGUGGAAUACAUGGAUAUGUUCAUGGCGACUUGUAAGUAAACAAGGCACUUUCUUUGAAAGACAUAAGUUAGAGACGUUUGGCCACAGUAAACAAGCACUUUUAGCAAUUAUUGCAUUCGACUUCCGUAUGGCCUGAAGAAUCAUGCAGAUCGCCAUCGAGAAGGUAUUUAUCUCACGAGGCUAAAGGUCAAGGCGGAUAACACUCUUCAAGAUCUCCAUAAUUUUUCAGAUCAUAAGAAAGCCGAAUUAUUCGUUAAUUAUUCGUUCAAAAUAAUUCUUAAUUUCAACAUGCUAAUACCUCGAUCGAGGUUAAGUUCCAGUCAUCAUUUGUCUCUUCCUUGGAAAAUUCAGGAUAUAAACUGGAUAUUUAGUCUUCCAGAUAGUCUUCAAAUAUCAGCUGUCAUCCGUUGAGUUGUUAAUUUGCUGUUCCUCCUUUGAUCAUGAGGCAGUUAAGUUCAGCUACUUCUUCGCAAAACAUGUGAGCUGACGCAACAUCGUACCCAGGGCUUCUCGACUGCUGUCCCUUUUUUCUGGUGACAGCCUAUUCUAUUGAUGUCACUUUACCGGUGAUAUCACAAACAUCUUCCAAAUUUUGUUGGGAACGCUAGCUGGUUAUGAAGAAUUAACCGGUAGAUUUGAGUCAAUCAGAAACGAAUAUAUAAUAAUAACAAUGUUUUCUCAUGCCCAGCAUUUGUAACGCUGUUCCAAGAUAUGGAUGCUAAAGGCAAGAACGUGGAAUCGCAGCACGUCAUAGCGAAGACUUCAUCUAAUGUAUAAUUUUGGCCAAGCUUUUUUCAUAUAUAGCAAUAUAAAUACUUUUAUUGAUAUUUUAACAGCUCUUAUGCAGUUUUUGACAACGACUUAUUUAUUGGAAUUAACUUCUACUGUUUUAAAAAACAACAACAACAAAAUGUGUUUCCCUGUCUUCUCUAAUAUAGCUGCUGGGUUUCCUUCACCAAUAACCUCAUAUGGACCUUUGUUACUCCAGUUCUCGUUGUUUGUUCGGUGAGUUACCAUGCAGAAACAUAAAAUACUAUCUCACCAAACUGUAUUAUAAAGUAAUUAUGUUACUUCAUCAUUUUGAAGAACUUGGCUUGUGAUCAAAUUGUCAAAUUAAAGAAACUCCGAAAGUUUUCACUGAUCAAUUAAUCUGUCAUUUCAUCCUUUUAAUUAAAGUCUCUUCCUUUCGUUUCUCAUCAAACAGAUGAAUACAGUUCUUCUUGGCAGAGUGGUUAACGAAAUCGUUAAAAUGCAGAGCGGGAAAACCUCGGAAGUAGAAAAAGUUCGAAAAGGUGUUAAGGCAUGUGCAGUCUUGUUUCCUCUUCUGGGACUGACCUGGGUGUUUGGUAUUCUGAGCGUCACAGACGCUGGACUCGUGUUUCAGUACAUCUUUACCAUUUUCAACUCAUUACAGGUAACGUCUCACUUCCAGGAAAGUGAAAAAAUUACGUAAUGAUAUCCCGAUCUUGUCAAUUGGACCAGAGUGGCAGACACUUGUUGAUAUAUUAUCACAGGCCUGACCUCUUUGUCAUCAAAGAUGGGGAAGGGGAUUAAAAGAUUUAAUACUUUAACUGUCCUGUUUAACUUUUCUGUCUGUUUGUUUGUCUGUUCGUUUUGUUUUCUUUUUUUUUUCUAAGCCAUUGUGGAUACGUGUGCGAAUAGAUGAGCAAUAAUUAAUCAAUUAGCAAAUAUAGUUUUCGUCACUUACCAUCCUAUGUUAUGUUAAAAAUAAAUGAAUAAAAGAGUUACUGAUUUUUCAUGUAUAAGGGUAAAGAUAAUUUUAAAUUGUAAUUUUCAAUAACUUUUGUAAAUUGUAAUUUCUUUUCUUUGUCACGGUAAAUAUGAAAUAAAGUGUUGCUGGAAAAAAAAAAAGAAAAAGAAAGAAAGGGACGGAAUUCUGCCUGCCCACCCAACAUGUAGUUGCUAGAUUGUUGCAGACAGGCGUAAAUAAAACUUGUAGGUACGGUUAUAACUAAGAGAAAACGUUAAUCACAUGGCGCAAGCCCGUUUGUGUAACGUGGGAUAUACGUCACGGCAAAAACUGCUUAGAUCUGCCAUCUUGGAUUGCUUUAAUGCGAUAUGAAAAUAUCUAAUACUAUACAACAUUACAAGAAAAGAGUGCGUCGGAAAUUUUGGCCAUCGAAAUGUCUCAAGUCAGGUCAUAAUUUAUGAUUUCUGUUGCACAGUAAUGUUUCCAAGUGCCCUUUACAUUUACUAAUAAUCCUUCCGAGUUCUAAGUUCGUUUCUGCUGAUUGCUUAUUUUCCAGGGCUUGUUAAUUUUCAUACUUCACGUUCUGAGGAAUGCUGACGUGCAAGCGGCAUACUUCCGAAAAAAGAAGAAUUGGAAAGCAGCGAGAAGCAUUGGAACAUCACACACGGCCAAUCACGAUUCAAUCGCAUUGGGGUCAAGCAACAUGAGAAUUGAAAGACCAGAUUCGAGAAGCAAAUCCUACUGUACAUCGCCAAGAUCAGAGCGAUCAGUUAUUGGUUAUGACAAACCAUUUGCACGACAGAUGUAUGACCCCUGUAGACACUUGAAUGUCACUUAA